GUUCUGCAACACUGUCUCAUUUUGUUUACACUUGGAAAGUUAGAUUUGUGCAUAAUUCUGCAUAAAUAUGAAAAUUGCUAUAGAAGGCUGCGCCCAUGGUGAGCUUGAAAGAAUCUACGAGACCAUAGAAGGAAUAGAGAAAGAGCGCAAUAUUAAGAUUGACCUGUUGCUAUGCUGCGGUGACUUUCAGUCUACGCGCAAUGUGGAGGACUUACAAACAAUGGCCGUUCCGCGAAAGUAUCUGGACAUGUGUAGCUUCUACAAAUUUUAUAGUGGCGAGCGCUUGGCGCCCAUACUGACCAUCUUCAUAGGCGGUAAUCAUGAAGCAUCCAACUAUUUGCAGGAGCUUCCCUAUGGCGGCUGGGUAGCACCUAACAUAUUUUAUCUCGGAUAUGCGGGAGUGGUCAAUGUGAAUGGCAUACGCAUAGGUGGCAUUAGUGGAAUCUAUAAAGGUCACGAUUUUCUGCGCGGACACCAUGAGUUUCCGCCGUACUCGGAGCAGAGCUGUCGUAGCGUCUACCAUGUCCGUCAACUGGAGGUUUUCCGUCUGCAACAGUUAAGCGGAAAUCUGGAUAUAUUUAUGAGCCACGACUGGCCUCGAGGCAUACAAGAGUACGGCAACAAGGCGCAGCUACUGCGUUUUAAGCCGCACUUUGAGGAGGACAUAGCGAACGGACAGCUAGGCAGCCGUCCACUGGAAGAGCUGCUAAAAAUGCUGCAGCCCAGCUAUUGGUUUGCGGCUCAUUUGCAUUGCAAAUUUGCGGCCUUGGUGCCACAUCAUCGAGGCAAAAGGGUAAGGGUAGAUAAAAGAGAUGAAAGCAGCAGCAGCAGCAGUAGUGAGAGUGAGGAUGAAACUGAAAAGGAGCAGCAGUGUUCCAGCUCAGUUAAAGCUGUACCAGUGACUAAAUUUCUUGCCCUGGACAAAUGCCUGCCAAAGCGACGUUUUCUGCAGCUUCUCGAUCUACCUGUUAACGUAGAGGGGCCACCUAUUUUGGAGUAUGAUGCUGAGUGGUUGUCAAUCUUGCGGACAACCAAUCAUCUACUAUGCGUUAAGGAUAGCAACUAUUAUCUGCCUGGUAAGAAGGCAGGUAGCUUACAGGAACGUUCUAAUUUCACACCUAGCGAGGAGGAGCUGGAGUAUAUACGCCAAAAAUUUGAAGACUUGCAAGUGCCACAGAAUUUUUGUCAAACUGCGCAUACAUUUGAUGCACAGGAGCAAUCAAACUAUAAACACCAACAUGUAUCGCAACCAGCGGCUGUGCUAAAUCCUCAAAGCAAUGAUUUCUGCACCAAGCUGGGCAUAGAUGAUCCACUUUGUCUGGCCAUACUGGCAAGUGGCAAUCAGCUCCCAAAAACUGCCAAUGUGCAAGAAACGACAUCAGUAGGUAGAAAAGUCCAGGAACAUUUACUAGUCGAUCAGGAGACAACGGUGACAACGCCCAGCAAACGUAAGAUGAAUCUGUCAUUGCCAGCGCCCACAGCCAGAGUGGAGAUAGCGCUGCCCGCAGAGGAAGAGGAGAUGCAGCUAGUUGAGCAGGUGAAGCAAGAGCCACCCUCGGAGUUACCUGCAGAGAUAUCACUUAAUCUUGACGCAAACAGUCCACUUAUCAAAAAACUUAAACGUCGUAAUCAAAGUAUAUACCAAACAGUGGAUAAUGAGGAUUAAUCUUCACAAAUAAUAAAAAC